AAACCAUUUUGAGUUUUCGUUUCUUUGAAAACACACAACCACGCAAGCCGCUGGCAGUUUUUUUGAUGGUGGCUUUUCGUUUUACGUUUCAAACAACAUCAACAUCCCACUUCUUCUUUCAACAAUUAUAUUCAAAUAUUAUUAGGAAAAAAUAAGAAGAAUGAGAAGAAAAAUGAAAGGAAGAAUUUCAAGAAUUGGAAGUUAUGCAAUAGCUUCUUCAAUCAGAGACCACCAUCAACAUCAACAGCCAUGCAUUACUUGUACUACCUUCAACAUUCUUGCUCCCAUUUACAAGCGUCUCUCCAAUGAGGAUCAGAGUUGCCGUGAAAGUGACUAUAGGGAUUAUUGGUUGGCCAGGAAUCAAAGAAUAUUGGACUGGUUGUUGUGUGAAAGAUCUUCAAUUAUAUGUCUUCAGGAGUUUUGGGUGGGAAAUGAAGAGCUUGUUAAUAUUUAUGAGAAGAGAUUGGGGGAAGCUGGUUAUCUCCAUUUCAAACUAGGCCGAACCAACAAUCGUGGUGAUGGUCUGCUAACUGCUGUGCACAAGGACCACUUCAGAAUUAUCAACUAUAGGCAAUUGCUUUUUAAUGAUUGUGGAGAUCGUGUUGCUCAGUUGUUACAUGUUGAAUUAGUAGCCCCCUUUUCACAGUGUCGAAAUGGCGAUGUUCGGCAAGAACUUCUUAUUGUGAACACCCACUUGUUAUUUCCUCAUGAUUCUAGUCUUUGUAUAGUACGAUUGCAUCAGGUAUACAAAAUUCUGCAACAUGUGGAAUCGUAUCAGAAAGAAUACAAUCUUAAUCCCAUUCCCAUCAUUCUAUGCGGUGACUGGAAUGGGAGCAAACGUGGGCAUGUUUACAAGUUUCUCAGAUCCCAGGGUUUUGUAUCAUCAUAUGAUACUGCUCACCAGUACACAGAUGCAGAUGCGCAUAAGUGGGUUAGCCACCGCAAUCAUCGGGGUAACAUAUGUGGUGUGGAUUUUAUAUGGCUUCUUAAUCCCAAUAAAUACCGUAAAUUACUAAAAACAAGCUGGAGUGAAGCAGUAUUUGGCAUGUUUAAGUAUCUACUUCGGAGAGCUUCUCUUACAGAAAGUGAUGCAUUUGCCUUUUUGAAGGCUGAUAAUGAUGCUGACUGCAUUACCUACUCAGGUUUCUGCGAAGCUCUUCAACAGCUUAAUUUAACUGGCCACUGCCAUGGUCUCAUUGUAGAAGAGACUAAGGACUUGUGGGUCCAAGCAGACAUCGAUGGAAAUGGUGUUGUUGAUUAUAAAGAAUUUAAGCAACGGAUUUGGAAUCCUACAUCAUCAGAUCAAAGAGAUGAAACCGGUAAUGAAGUUCGAGAAGGUGUUGUAAAGGGUAAUCAGGAGCAAACAAUUGGUUUUAGCGUGAAGAAUGCAGUUCUCUUCCCUCCUGAAGUGGAGAAAGGAAGAUGGCCUGAAAAUUAUUCUCUUUCUGAUCAUGCCCGACUUACUGUGGUGUUCUCACCAAUAAGAAUGCCGUGCUCUCAGCUAUCCUGACGAACCUCAUAUGGAUCAUAAGUUGGAUUGGACUUAUCACGAAAGUAUGAGCCAUGCUCAAUGAUUCCAGCAUUACAGUUGCUGCUGAAUGGAAUAUCAACUUUCUCGCCAAGCUAAAAAAUGGGAGAUGAUAGUUUGCAAAGGUUGUUAUUCUAUCAUCCAAAGGCAUUUCAGACUAGUUAUCGCAUAUUAGUUAGAGCUCUGGUUUAUUUUGCAGGUUAACAUGGAAAUGGGAUAUGGUGCAUGGUGGAAGGAAGCACUACUCUUUAGGCUUGAGAAAUAACAUGAGAUUUGUUAUAGCAAAUAGGGAUACUGAUGAAAGAAAUUGUAAGUGUACAGAUUAUGUAAAAUAAAUAAAGAAAGUCUUUAGCUUGUUACUAGUAAAUAAAUAGAGCUCCAUUUAUGUACGAGAAUUGAGAAUUGCUUCAAAAUGUGGAUUAUUGUAAGGAACCGAUUAUCAAAUAAGGA